ACCACAACAUUCUCUCCGCCAGCACGCCGCUUUCCCUGCUUCGCGAGUCCACCUCUGGCAUCCUCGGAUCGCGCGCACAAUCGCUAUCUGCAGCGCAUGGACGGCACGAUCUACAGCCCCGCGGACGAGCUUCCACCGCCAGCGUACGAGAUUACCCAGGAUGACUUCGACCAGAAGACGGGGCGCGUCAUAGAGGAGAGCGCGAGAGAGCCUCCUGAGCCAAGGGUCGAUGAAGAUGGGUUCGAGAUCUGGGACGAAGAUGCAUUCGAGGCUGCUUUGGCUGCUAUGGGCUCGGUCUCGGUGGCGGAGGAAGCCUCUUCAGGGAAGUCCGUCGCGGGUUCGGAGUCAUUCCCCAAGUACCCUCCGGAGAAAGCACGCAAACCACCGGAGCAGCCAAUACCCCAGGCUGCUAGCCCUCCCGUGGCGUCCGGAUCGAGCUCUGCAGGUUCGUCGUCGGCGCAGACACGACCUCUGAGCCUCGCGAAGAAGGCGCGUCCGGGGAAGGAGCGCCCAUUGUGGUUCCAAGAGGCGGGACUGGGUGCACCCACUCCCAACGCACCGCAUGCCCAGCCCCCGAGUCGCGCAGAUGUUCCGUCGCAGGCCGAAGCUAUGUCAAGGGCAGGGCGUCCCCCUCGGCGGCAGCUGACGGUGAUGAACAGAGAUGGCGCAGACCUUGAGCGGGAGGUGACGCCCCCGCCGGAGUUCACGCCGGUUGGACCUUCGUUGGACGGCCCUCCGUACGAUUCGUUCACGAUGUCCUACGAUGGUCCGGAGCUCGAACCACCCGACCACCUGCCGCCGCCGCCCGCUUUCGAUACGCUGCCCGAACGCUACACGCCUCGUCCGUCACCACAGCCCUCGCCGCAACCAGACCACACCCGGCCACAUCCCGCGCAUGCACAGUCACUUCCAGCCACUGUUCCUUCACCUCUCCCUGCAACAUGCCCUCACGUAGACCAUGCUCAGACGCUGCCCGCGGCUCGAGUGCCACCUCCGCCUGCGGCCAACGCUCUCAAAGACUACCAGCCCCGCGCGAAAUUCCCCAGCGCGCCCCGCUUGGCCUUUAAUCCGCAACUAGCAUAUAGCAAGCCGCUACCUAGCGUUCCGCAAGACGAGGAGCCACCACCGCAAACAUUUGACGCGUCUGCGUUCUACAAUGGUGCGGUCGCCGCACAUUUUUCGUCCAACAUCCCUGCACGCAUGAGGAAACUCUCGACUGUACAGUCUGACCGGAGCAGCAUAUACAGCCAGGACUCGAGCUGGGCGCCGCCUACGAACGGCUACGGCAGCUAUGGCAGCCCGCCGAGUCAGGCGGUUGUUUCCCCCCGACCAAGCUAUGCAUACGGCCAGGCUGCGUUCCCAGAUGCAGCUCCCAGCUCGAACGGCGCGUGGAACCCUGGCGGCAGGACUCAACAGUGGGGGUGAUGGCCAAGCUUGAAUUACCCCGCAUUUGAUCGCAGACUGGAUAUCCUACGAUGCCACAUUGUAUAUUUCGUACUGUACAUAUACCACGAGCAGAGCAACACGCACACAUUUACUCCGC